AUGCCAAUUCCAAUUCCAAUUCCAAUUUCAAUUCCGCUUCGAGUGGAUGACCGAGCACCGCGCUCUCUCCACGCGGCUACUUGGCGAACCUCUCGUCGAAAUACGCGCCGAGUAGCCGCUUAUCGGCCGUUCUCGUUACGAGUCCGAGUAUCGACGAGUUUGGUGCUCGAAGCGGAUUGUACGAAUACGAAUUACCACCUAUACGAGCCGAGCGAGAUAAUACGCGUGGAUCGCUUCGAAUUUGUUUUCAGAAAUCGUCUGAAAAGCGAUACGAAGAAGCGCGGAGGAAAAGAUGAGAGUGGCGAUCGGGUAUUUGGUGGCUGCGCUGGUCGUGACCAGUCGAACGUUCGGUCGGCUGCGCAGAGCUCCGACGAUAGAGCAGCGCCAGUGACGGCAGCAGCGGCGGUGACCGUGGCGGCGGCGGCGGCGGCCGAAAAAGUCGACGACGGCGCGAAUAAGACGAGCGUCGCGGUCGAAAAGAUCGCAGCGUAUUCGGCGCCGGCGCCGACCUUCGUAUCUC